GGCUGCCAGAGAGAUCACAGCAGCCAUGGAACGUCCAGGAAAAGCAGCAAACAGAAGCAAGCCUUCCAAAACCUUGGAAGCAGAGUGAGGGCAGGUCACGCCCAAGUGCGUCCUGCUCUCCCUGGCAGCCACAUCCCAGUCAGAACAGCUGGGGAGCACAGAGUCAAAAGAGGCUUCGCCUGGAGACGCCCAGAGUUGAGAUCUGGGCUUAGCUUAGAAAAGAACACAAUGGCAACUUCCUUUAAACAUCCUGGAAAAAAACCAGUGGCAGCUGCUCCCGCCUCCCUUUGACGUGGACGUGAACAAACUGGGCGACUCCCCGCGCGGGCGCACAGCGCUACAAGAACAGGCCGGUGGCCAGACAGACCGACACACAGACAAGAGACCUGAAGACACCCCAGCAGACAGACAUCGACACACACGAUGCAGCCAGCGCCCUGCAAGGCCAGGCCAGGCCUAGGGACCACUGCGAGGUGCUGGCCCUGGAGGCGCGCACCCCAGCCGGGGUCCCAGGACCUCCCAGCCUCUGCCUGGGGUCUCUGCACACCGCGCCACCCCGUCCCCAGUCCCCCAGUGCUCAGUGCGCGCGCAGGGACGCCCCCGCCAGACGCGCGACACACAGGGAGCCCGGAUGCCGCCGCGGACGCGGAGGCCCGCACCCCGGACUGCGAACACGACAGAUGCCCACGCCCCGGGUCCGGGUCGGGCCCCGCAGACACCCACCGAGCUCCUCGCAUCCCGCCGCCUCCGCCGGCGCCGGCGCUUCCAUCCCUCGGGGGUCUCCAGGUCGCCGCCGCCCGCUCUGCCGCCCGCACUGCCGAGCAUGCGCAGAGCCGCCCCGAGGGGCGGGGCCCGGGCCGGCCUCGACCGCAGCCCACGAGGGACUGCGCCUCGCGGGGUGACAGGCGCGAUUCCGAGAGGCCGGGGGAUCCGAACCCGGGGCUUCGCGUGCCGGAAAACGGGGCCUCGGGCCGCGCAGAAAGCCGGCAGCCUGCAACUCCGACGGUCGACGGUCGGUCUUCCUCCAUCCCAGGUUACACUCUCAGCAUCUUAAGGACAGCUGAAGCUAGGGUUGAGGCAAAGGGAGGUGUCCCGCGCUGUCAAGCACUACACACAUUGCUGCGUGGUUCUGUGGGCACCGGAGAGACCGCGCGAUGCUGGAACCCACUGUGCUCACUGUCCACGCAAAGGGAUGUCACCUCACCACCCACAGUGAGCCAGUGAAGGCAAGGCAGGGAACCACCACUGCAGCGGGGACUCCCGGCCUGCAUGCAAAGCUGGCCUCUGGUGGACCCCAAUAAAUACAUGAUGAACCCACAGGAAAAAACACGCUUCUGAUUAGAAAAAUAUUUAGUUUUGAGACUGAAGACUGUGUAGUGGCUUACUCAGGUAAUCCAACGCUGGGAAGAAGAGGCAGGCAGGUUUCUGUGAGUUCAAGGCCAGCCUCGGCUACAUAGAAAGUUCCAAGACACCCAAGGCUGCAUACACAGACCCUGCCUUACCAUAAAAUUAAAAUUUGAAAGACUACUACCGUGGCAAAUGCCUGUAAUCCCAGCACUUGGGAGGAUGAGGCUGGAGUUUAAGGCUAUCCUUAAUUUUGUAUGGCAUUCGAGGCCAGCCUGAGCUGCAUGAGAUUUUGUCUCCAAAAAACAAAAAAAUUAAGUAAGUAAACAAAUAACUUAGAAAUUACUGUCAGGACAUCACACAAAACUUUUUGUUUCUUGUCUGUGUUUUGGAGUCAGCUCAGGAAAGAGGUAUGUUUGUUUCUGUGGGAACAGGGCAGUCUGGGUUCAGACCACUAAUAAAAACUCAGUGUGUUAGAUAUUCAAACUCCCCGGAUUAAGAGAGAACCAGUUCCUCUCAGCCCCACAUCUUUCCUCCUCUCAAAAAUCCUCAAGGUUUUCAUCAGAUAACUAGGCACAGUAAAACUUUUGCUCACACCCCGUUUUCCCCUGAAAACACAUACACAUCACAGGGAAAUCCUCACUCCUCACAAAUAGCACAAAUGUAGCAGAGAUGGUGAGCUACUGGGACCCGGGUCCCUGGGCUGCACGGCAGCAGAGAUCUGUAUCAGAAUUGAUAGCCCAUGUUUAUCACUGUGUUAAAAGCAUCAAAAGCCAUUGCCUGUUGAUGAUGGCACACGGGGAGACUAGCCGGACUGUCCUGCGAGGCCUGGUUAAGACGGGCUUCCAGACUGGGCUUCAUUCCUGUGAUGUGAGAAAAAACCAGGUAGUGAGGAAUCAAGAGAACUAUGCUAUCGUACAUCAUUAUGUCACUCUUGCUCCCGGUCUUAUGAACUGAGGCAGUAGUCCCCUACAAUGCAAGACUGACAGAAUGCCUGCAACUGUGGGUGAAAUAAACACUGAACCCUAUGUAAGCAAACGUAAGACAGGGUUUAACUGAUAAAAUAAAAGACGUGUGAGACUGGCAUUGGGGCGUGGGCUUCUUCCUAAGGGUCACUUGAACACAAGCUCUAUGGUACCUGAUAGUAGGUAAGAUAAACCAAGACACUGAGUGAGUACUGGGAGGGUAGUGUAUACAGCAUGGAUACUCUACAAGAAGAGGAGAUUCACAAGCAUGCAGAGGAGGGUACGUCAGUGUGAGACUUCACCACAGUACUCAGAGUGCGGUUUGUAAUUUGUGACUUCCUCUUUGUUGUUGUUUUGUUUUGUUUUUCGAGACAAGGUUUCUCUGUGUAGCCCUGGCUGUCCUAGAACUUGCUCUGUAGACCAGGCUGGCCUUGAAUGCACAGAGAACGACUUCUUUAUUUCUAAGAUUUUCCACUUACUAUUUUCAGACCACAGCAGACAGGGAGUGACUACAGACUUGAGAGGCAAAAUCACAUAUAAGGAAGCACACACUAGUCCUUGCCACCAUAGGAACUGCGACCACUGCUGUAGUUGAAGGUGUAGAAUGUCACUGCCUCCGUCCACAUGGAACUGAAGGUGCCUGACACAGCAAGCCAGAGAGAGUGGAGAAGCUGGGGAGAGAGGGGGAAGAGAAGGGGAAGCUGACAGAUCAGCUUGACUGCUGCUGAGGAAAAUGACAGAGUGUUGCUGGUUGAGAACCCUCUUCAGAUCGUGGAGGUUGAACAGUUGGACUCUGCUUCGGGAAGAGUUGACCAGGCAUGUGUGUAGAGAAGACCAUUUCAGCUUGCCUGUUAGGCAUUGCCUAUUUUGUAUUUUAAAGUGGCUUCACCAUCUGCUGAUUUCCGGGAAGGAGGAGCAACCUCCUCCCUAUCUUCUGAACAUCGAAGGUGUCCAAUGGGUGGACGUAGGACACAAUGACAGUGCCCUGGGAGAUUCCUCACUGGGCUGAUAACAUGACCUUUACUGCAGUGUCUUUGUUUACUUAGCUCUUUAGGACUGACUUCUCAAGCUGAAAACCAAGAAAAAUGAUGUGUGAGUUUAACUUAUUGUGAAAAGGCUUCACACUGUCCUCACAUAAUUUUUUAUAAACACAUCAUAUCCGCUGUCUUAGUUAGGGUUUC